UACUCGCUGGAAGGGCACCAGUUUGCCGUCUUUGACUUCCGUAUGACGGACGACUAUCGCUACAUCGUGUCCAUCUCCAACAAGUUCAUCACGUGGGAUCUGUCGACGAGCGACCUGACGCGUGACGUCAACCCUGGCCUCGAGGGCAUCAUGCAGCGUCUGUGUCUCUCACCCGACAACCGGUUUGCUGCCGCCUUCACCAAUAACAAUCAGACGGUACUGCUGAACAUGCUGACCAGGAGUAUGACACCAAGCCCUGAGAACCCGGGUCAAUGGCCGUUGCUUUCAAUGGAAUUUGACAGUCUGGACGAUUAUCGCCUGGUAUUCUGGUCUGGAUCGCUCGAUGACUCAUCUAUGAUGCUGCAUUGCUAUCGACCUGAGGCCAAUAUCGAGCCUAUCAACUUUCACAAUGGCAUGGUUCUAUCGAGAGACAGAACUCGCUUGUUCUGUUGCACAGAGGAGGGCAAUUUCAGUGUGACCGAGUAUUCGGCUCCUAGAGGUGCCAAAACCUGGACCAAAGUCAGGCGACUACCGUCAACUUACAACGACCGUGUUGAAACCCUUCUGCAGCUGAAACUAGACAAGGCUGAAGAGAGUGUUCUGGGCAGUACGGCCAACGGAUUUGUGGUCUGGCAGGUGGCUUCCGAACGAGUGGUCGUGCUCCAUUUACCUCACGGUGUGCGCAACAUAUCCACGCGCAUGUUGCAGUCCAACUCAUGCAUGUUGUCCGCUGCCAACGACUAUGUGGUCGCAGGUGUCAGGAAAACCUGUACGUAUGGACUCUGGACAAGGGCGAUCUUGUAAAAGUGCUGGAUGCGCACUUUGGA